GGAAAGUGUCAGCAACACGCGUUCCACACCUCCCUUCCACGCCAUCGACCCAAAUUCUUAUUUCUCUCCCUCGCCCCUCCGCGACCGCCACCGUCCCCUCCUCCUCCCCCGUCGCCUUCCCCCGCACGCCGUUUCCGACCUCUCCUCCGUUACUCAGCGUCCGAUCGCGCCGGCGAGCUUGCGCCGCCUCCCUCCGGAGCCGAAGAUCGUCGGUACGCUCGCCGUGAUCCCCCAAAAUCCUCGCCGUCGCCGUCGCCGUCGCCGUCGCAGGGACGGCGAGGAACUGGAGCUGCUGCGGGCUCGGUUUCCCUCUUCAUCGAGUGGAGAGCGCGCCUAGGAUUGCGGAUUCGGAGCCUCGCGUCGCGACUCCAUUGCUAUGAAAUUGGAGGUGUCGCCGUCGGAGGGAAAAUGCCGGAAGCUUCCUCGACGCCACGGAGCUCUGCUUACCUCAGCGCCCUGUCUCUAGAGAUCGAGAAGAAGCUCCAGCGGGCUCUAGCUUCUGCGUCACAGAGGCGCAACUUGUUGCAAGAGCUGUUUGCCGAUAUAGCAUUGGAGGUUGACGAUAAAGCAAAAGAUAUAAUUCUCAGCAGGGAAGAAGAUUUGAUAUUGCCUGCUGCUGAUGGCGUUUAUGAUCAAUUAUGCUACUUUGACAUCCUUGCUGAUUACUACGUUUGCUCGCCGGAGAGUGGAAAACCAAUUCUUGAUUUGAUUGUGCAGCUCUGGAGUCAGUCAUUUGCAUCUCAUAUUUUCUCCCUUUUGUUCCACAAAUGGCUUUUUGAAGCUGAAGUUGAGAAUCCAGAGGUGCUACUGCGUUACUCAUCAGCUCUUGUUGAAGGUGCUACAAAUGUUUUCUGGAUUGAUAUCCAGACAAAUACCAGGCGGUUUCAGACCCUCUUUUGUUAUCUACUUGAAGAAGUUGUAUUGGAGCCAACACGGCUAAAUAGAAUUGCUGUGCAGGCCCAGCGCGAUCUGUAUCUGUUACUUUCAAGAUUCAUGUUCUUCUACAACUCAGCUGAUAAACUCAAAAGCUUCUUGAAGCAUUGCCCUGCUUUUCCAAAUGCUUUCCUGGUUGGUGGUCCGGCAGAUGUAUUUGUCAUUGAACUUGCAGACCAGCUUCAGAAAUUGAAGGUGGAGCCUGUCCUUAUCCAUUAUCUAUCGCAACUCAAGUAUCUUCAGGGCAUGGAAUUGCGAAUGGCUACUAUUACAAGGUUAAAAGCUUGUUUGUAUAGCUUCACCUCUCCUGGAGGUCCAAUGUAUCCCACAAGAGCUGUUCGCCAUGCCGCUUGGGAUGCGCUAGAUCUGCUUUUUCCAGUGGGCCGCUACCCUCGACUUCUCAUAAGUCUAUUUUUCCGGUUGCUAUACCCAUGGUAUUGGCCUUCUUCAUGUUGGCACUUUCUAGUCUCGUGCAUUAAGGCACUUCUGUAUGCUCUCGUGGGGUUUGUAUAUUCUAGCUGGGAAAGGAUGAAGAGGCCAAAAAUGGCUUAAGUUGUGCAUUAGGCUUAUAUGAAAAGGUGGAAGGGAUCUUCUCUAGAUCAUAGUGUUGUGCAUUUUGCUGACCUUUUCCAUUUGUAACCUCUCCAUCCGAAUGAGUUGUGAGUGUCCAUUAUCAGUGUCAAAUUCAAAGCUCUGCUCCGUUCAUGUAACCGCCCAAAUCUGAAGUCAUGGUUAGCCCAAGCCAUGUCGACUGCGUAUAUUGUUUCCACAAAUGGUGCUUCCAUUCGAAUGUCUGUCCGCUUCCUGCCCGAUGUAGGUGGGAGGCCAAAGAACACAGGAGCUCUUCCUGCUGAUGCUCGAAGGCUAGAGGGCCUGAUGGCUUUUGCUUCAUAAAAUAUGUGUUGCAACUGGUAGAUGGAUCAGUUGCGUUUUACCCUUGUCUUUUCGGUUGUAAUUUGAAGUGCUGAGAUAGAAUCGUUUGAAUAUAGAGCAUGUCCUGCACCAAAAA